AUGUCUUUUUCUGACAUACGGUAUAUCUUGGCCUCCGACACACUCCUAGCGUCUUUUAUCCCACUAAUCAUUCUUGUUAUCGGAUAUAAGCAUUUCUCCUUCAACGUCUCAAAUUUGCGCGACUUGCUCUCCGUCGGGUAUCGUAAACGACCUGUCUAUGGAUACUUCUCCCUGCCCCGAGCCUACUUUUCCUUUGACCAAUAUGCUCAACUUUCUGCACGCGAACUUUCCAAGAUGCGCGCAUCUUACAGGAAACUUGGAAGGGCUAAUGAAAAGAUUGGUUUCAAGAUCGGCUAUCCGAAAAAACUGGAUCGACUUCAAGAAGAAAUUGCCAAUAAUGCCACGAUCACCGCUGGUAUCACAUCACUCGCCCUUGACGAAUUCCCGUCUCUCAAGACGAAUGUCGAUGCACCUAUCGACCCAAAUUCUGCGGACCUUGGAAGGGUCCGCGAAUCGCUGAAGCACUAUGUUCGGGACUGGAGUAGUGAAGGCAAACCCGAGCGGGCGCGUAUAUUUGCACCAAUCCUUAAACUCCUUCAAAAAGUUCCUGCAAACUCAAGACAGGACUUGAAAGUACUCGUUCCUGGUUGUGGGCUUGGGAGAUUGGCAUGGGAAAUAUCUGAACUUGGUUUCGACACCACCGCGAACGAGUUAUCCUACUUUAUGAUCCUGGCUCUAAGAUUUCUUUGUUCUGAAAAGACGACAAAAUCGGUCAACCAGCACAAUUUGGCCCCUUAUGCCCAUUGGUUCUCUCAUCAACUAACCAACGAAUCGUUGUUCAGACAAAUUUCCUUUCCUGACGUUCUUCCUCGGUUCAGUUCGAACUUUCAUCUUGCCGAAGGCGAUUUCUUGGAGCUGAAAGCACCUCUCUCACACACCUCUCAUCUGAAAGGCUAUGACUUUAUCAUAACGCUCUUUUUCAUUGACACCUCUCUUGACGUCCUCGCUACUUUAAACCACAUCUACAAUCUAUUGAAACCAGGAGGAACAUGGGUUAACCUUGGGCCUCUGCUAUGGACAGGGGGUGGACAGGCCAAGCUUGAACUCAGUCUUGAAGAGGUACUGCUCGCUGUUGAAGAAAUCGGAUUCAUACUCAAUGCUGGCAAAACUGGUGCUGGUUCGCGUAAAACAAUCGAAUGCGAAUACACUGGCGACAAAAAUGCCAUGAUGCGCUGGAUAUACAAAGCUGAAUUUUGGGUUGCUACAAAACCCCAAUCGCUGUGA